AUGCCAUUCUACGCCCCAGAAUGGGUGCCCAAACUCCCGUUCGACAUACCAGACUCCAUCUCGGUAGACAGAUUCAUUCUGGAUGAAAACUUCGAACGCCAUCCUCUGGGAUACUCCCGACCACCAUUCACCUGCGGGCUCACAGGCAAAGAGUACAGUGCCUUGGAGGUGAAAGAGCGAGUCGACUUCCUGGCCAGAGGAUUGAGUCAAGAGCUGGGCUUCCUUCCCAAUCAAGGAACUGAAUGGGAUAAGGUCAUCGGGUUGUUUAGUAUCAACACCGUAAGCACCCAGUAUACACGGCUCGAGUUUGAUGCCAGUCAAUUGACCUUAUACAGNAUCGAUACAUUGACUCUUGCGUGGGCGACUCAUCGCAUCGGUGGCAUUCAAACACCAGCCAAUGCCGCGUAUACGGUCCAGGAACUAGAGCACCAGCUUCGCGAUUCCGGUGCCAAAUGUCUCUUCACUUGUCUGCCGUUGCUGGACCUAGCAUUGCAAGCAGCAAAGAUUGUAGGGAUUCCUGAAAGUCGAAUCUACUUGCUCGAAGUACCCGAAUCUGUUGCUGGUAAGAUAAGAGAUGGAUACAAAACCCUUGACCAACUCAUUGAUGAGGGCCGAAAAUUGCCGAAGCUGGAGGAGUUGAAUUGGUCCAAAGGCGACGGCGCGAAGAAGACAUCGUUUCUGUGUUACUCUUCCGGUACCUCUGGUCUGCCAGUAUGUGGUUCCUUGGUUGUGGUCGGAGAGUUUAAUGCUGACUGGAGAUUCAGNAAAGGAGUCAUGAUCAGUCACAAGAACGUCAUUGCCAAUGUCCUUCAGAUGCGAACUUUUGAGGAUCCAUGGAGAAAGACGCUUAUAGAGCCUGGCAACCAAUCCGAUUAUACCGAGAACGUCCUUGGGCUGGUGAGUUAUGCUGACAACGAUCUUUGCGGGAUGGAUACUAAUCUGCGCAGNUUACCGCUCAACCACAUAUAUGCUCUGAUAGUCAUCGCACAUCUAGGAGCGUAUCGGGGUGAUGGUGUCAUCAUACUGCCCAAGUUUGAGUUCAAGAGUUUCCUUGAGAAGAUACAGACAUACAAGAUCGCUUGUUUGUACCUCGUGCCGCCUAUCAUCAUCACGAUGACCAAGUCGCGAGACAUAGUGAAGCAAUAUGAUCUCUCUUCGGUAAAGAGCAUCUUUACUGGAGCAGCACCACUAGGAGAGGAGACAGCAGAGGACUUGCAGUCUAUGUUCCCGAAAUGGGCCAUCCGACAAGGCUAUGGAAUGACUGAGAGUGCAACGGUGGUAUGCUCCACAAUUCCGAAUGAUGUGUAUUUCGGAUCUUCCGGAAGCCUGCUGCCAGGUAUUGAAGCACGUAUCGUCACGCCUGAAGGUGAGGAAGUGACAAAGUUCGACACACCAGGCGAGCUGUGGGUCAAAGGACCAGCAAUCACCCUGGGCUAUCUCAACAAUCAGAAGGCUACCGAUGAGACAUUCGUAGAUGGGUACUUAAGGACUGGAGACGAGGCUGUCGUUAGAAAGCAUCCAAAGUCCGGCCAUGAGCACAUCUUCAUUGUGGACAGAUUGAAGGAGCUUAUCAAGGUCAAAGGGUUACAAGUGGCUCCCGCGGAGCUCGAGGCUCAUCUUCUGACACAUCCUUCGGUCAACGAUUGCGUCGUUAUUGGCGUGCCGUCAGACCGUGAGGGUGAGGUGCCCAAGGCAUUUGUCGUCAAAUCUCCUUCCGUCGGGCUUGAAGAUUCCGACAGGAUGGUCGCUCGGGACAUCGCUCGUCAUGUAGAGCAACACAAGGCAAAGCACAAGUGGCUGAAAGGCGGAAUCGAGUUCAUCGACAUUGUUCCGAAGUCACCGUCGGGCAAGAUUCUGCGUCGUCUUCUGAGAGACAAGGAGAAGGAGAAGAGAAGAAGUCAGGGUGCAAAGCUAUAA